AUGGCGUCAGAUAUCCCUAAAGUUGUGCCCUUGACCUGCCAUGGACACUCUCGUCCAGUGCCUCAUCUGAACUUCUCCUCCCUUGUAGAGGACGAUCAGUACUAUCUAAUUUCUGCUUGCAAAGACAACAACCCGAUGCUCCGCGAUGGCAUUACUGGUGAUUGGUUAGUGGUUAUCGUUUCCAUCGUUACCAAUUGCCUGGCUAAGACGUAUAACUCAGGAUUGGCACUUUCCUUGGCCACAAGGGAGCUGUAUGGCAAGCUCGUCUUUCGACGGACGCGAACAUUGCAGCAACUGCGGCUGCAGAUUUCUCCGCGUAUGUUUUAUGAUUUCUCGUACCGCGGUAACAUUGACGGGGCUGCUGACACUAAACCCAGGAAGGUGUGGGAUACUCAUACUGGUGAAUGCUUGCACACGCUCCAGCAUUCACACAUCUGUCGGGCGGUGGCAUUCCCGAUUCAAUCGUCCCCUCAAAUUCUAGCCACUGGAGGCUUCGAGAAAAAGCUACGUAUUUUUGAUCUGACACGCAGCGGUGGUAGUAACAGUUCCUCACCAACGUCCCCGUCGCCCGGGGAGAACGGCAAUGGGGCUAGUCCAAUCACAAGCUAUGAGAUUGGGCCUGGCGCACACGGAGGCACAAUCAAAUCUAUCGUCUGGAAUCAAGACUACAACAUCCUCACAACAGCCGCAGAGGAUCGGAAGGUCCGCUGGUGGGAUCUUCGUUCUCGCCAUCCUGUCAUCGAGUACGCUGUCGAAGGCACGAUAGGUAGCUGCGAACUCAACACCCUCGCCACUCGACCCAAUGACCCCGGCAUCCUAACUGUCGCGGCCGGAAAGAGUGUCUACCUCUUCGAUGGUGUCACCCCCGGGCGGCUUUUGAAGAAGAUGGACUUUCGAUACGAGGUCGCCAGCGCCGCUGUGAACAAUGAUACUGGCCGAUUGGUCACCGGCAGUGCUGACGAUACCUGGGCUCGAGUGUACGAUCUACGCACCGAAGAAGAGCUCGAGGUCCAAAAGGGUCAUCACGGCCCAAUCUGGUCAGUCAGUUUUUCUCCCGACGGCAAGCUGUACGGCACAGGAAGUGAAGAUGGAACAAUUAAGCUCUGGAAGGCAUGCAGGGAGCCUUAUGGGCUGUGGCGGUAG